AUAUUAGGAUGAGCUCACAUUUCUACACUUGGCAAAAAAGAAAUAGUAUAUCAAUUCCUUUCUUAUACUAUAUAAGACUUCAUUCCUUUUAACAUUUUCCAUCCAAAAGUUUUUAACUCAUUAUCAUCAAGAAAGAGAGAGAGAUAGAGGGAGAAACAAAGAAAAUGGAUUCAAGAACUGUUGCCCAAAAAUCGUCCUCUCCUUUAUCAAGCAGCAGCAAUGGCUUUCAAGCAAUUAUAAUGGCUCUAAUACUAACUGUUACAAUUGGGUAUUUUCUCCUUUUGAUCGUAACACCAACCAAUAUGUAUAGACAGAUAUGGACACCCAUGAUCAAAGCUCAGACUGCUACAUCCACUUACUUUGGAGCUCAAGGGAGGACACUGUUGAUGAACACAUUUCCUUUCAUAUUUAUUGCUGUCUUGGGAUGUGUAUACCUUCAUUUAUGGAAGAAAUCCAAUGAUAAAAACAUCAACAGAUUUGAGGGAAAACAAAAGUUGACAAUAUGGAGGAGGCCAAUUAUCAUGAAGGGGCUAGGGAUUGUUUCAAGGAUCGAGCUUUGCUUUUUCGUCAUGUUCAUCGCACUUUUAGUCUGGACUUUUGCGUCUUACUUGCAUAUUAUCUUUCCCACUAUUACACCAAAGUCUGUAGCCAAAAGUGGAGAAAAAGUAUGGGAAGCCAAGUUGGAAGACUCAGCCCUGAGGUUAGGACUUGUUGGAAAUAUAGCGCUUACGUUUCUGUUUGUUCCAGUCACAAGAGGUUCCUCAGUGCUGCAAGUAUUUGGUCUGACUUCUGAAGCAAGCGUUAAAUACCAUAUAUGGCUUGGCCAUAUUGUAAUGACCCUUUUCUCUGCUCAUGGCAUUUGUUACAUUAUCUAUUGGGCUGCCACUCAUCAGUUGUCGUCUGAGAUGCUUAAAUGGGCAAAAACCGAUAUCUCAAAUUUGGCUGGAGAGUUGUCACUGCUUUCUGGAUUGGUUUUGUGGAUAGCAACAUUCCCUCGCAUUAGGAGAAAGAUGUUUGAGCUCUUCUUCUACACUCACCACCUCUACAUUCUCUUCGUCGUCUUCUUUGUUUUCCAUGUUGGCGUCUCUUAUGCUGGAAUUAUGCUUCCUGGUUUCUUCCUCUUCAUGGUUGAUCGAUACUUGAGAUUCUUACAAUCGCGAUCAAAUGUUCGUUUGGUCUCAGCUCGAGUUCUACCAUGUGAAACUGUUGAGCUAAACUUCUCCAAGAGUAAAGAUUUAAGUUAUACACCAACCAGCAUUAUGUUUGUGAAUGUACCUAGCAUUUCAAAAAUGCAAUGGCAUCCUUUUACAAUCACUUCAAGCAGUAGUUUGGAGGCAGAUAAGCUCAGUGUUGUCAUUAAGGGUGAAGGAAGUUGGUCCAAAAAGCUUUACCAGAUGCUUUCUUCCCCUAUUUCUGUCGAUCGUCUUAAUGUCUCUGUUGAAGGACCUUAUGGACCUCCUUCCACACAUUUCCUAAGGCAUGAUUUAUUGGUUAUGGUGAGCGGCGGGAGUGGAAUCACCCCUUUCAUCUCCAUAGUUAGGGAGCUAAUCCACACAAGUGAAUCACAGAAAUGCAAGACACCAGAAAUCCUACUCAUAAGUGUGUUCAAGAACUCAGAGGACCUUACCAUGUUAGACCUUCUCCUUCCCAUUUCUGGUGCCCCAUCUGAAACUUCUAAGUUAGGCCUACAAAUUGAGGCUUAUGUAACAAGAGAAAAGCAACCCAUAUUAGCACAAGACAAGAAGAACUUGAGGGCCAUAUGGUUCAAACCCGACCCAUCUGAUCAGCCAAUCACUCCAAUUCUUGGCCAGAACAAUUGGCUUUGGCUUGGUGCUAUCAUAUCAUCUUCCUUCAUCAUUUUCUUGAUUUCUUUGGGGGCUUUGAAUAGAUAUUACAUCUAUCCAAUUGAUAAUAAUACCAAUGACAUCUACUCUUAUCCGAUAAAGGCGGUGCUGAAUAUGCUUCUCAUUUGCAUAUCCAUAGUCAUCACAAGUACUGCAGCAUUUCUUUGGAACAAGAGACACACUGGAGCGGAUGCCAAACAGAUUCAGAACAUGGAAGGUGCAACUCCAACGUCUUCACCUAAUUCUUGGUUCUAUAAUGCUGAUAGGGAAAUGGAGAGUUUGCCUCAACAGUCACUUGUUCAAUCAACUAAUCUCCAUUUUGGUGAAAAGCCAGACCUCAAAAGGAUUCUUUUUGAGAGGAAAGAAUCAAGUGUUGGAGUUCUAGUGUGUGGCCCAAAGAAGAUGAGACAUGAAGUUGCAAAUAUUUGUUCCUCUGGUUUAGCUUCCAACCUUCAUUUUGAGUCCAUCAGCUUCAGUUGGUGAUACUUUUUUCUCUGGCAUAAUUUCAAGAGACUUAACGUAUUAUGCAAAGUCCAUAGAAUGACAAAAUACACAAAGGGAAAAUAAGAUAAUAUCUCUUUUAUUUUAUUGUUGUUGUGGUUAUGCUCAUGUUGAUUGAGUUUUUCAAGUGCUCCUGUUACAUGUUUCCGUUGUUGUUAAAUGUAAAAAGUGAUAAUUUUCUAUUUUAA